UCCCAGUAUUUCUUAACAAAAGCGUUAUACUUAUACUUCCACAAUUACAAUUUCGUAACAAAAGCGUUAUUACUUAUACUUCCACAAUUACAAUUUCGCAACAGCUAAUUACGAACCAAAAAAGAAAAAGAAACCUUAAUCAAUUCAAUGGAGUCACAAUCCAAUCUAACAUGCCAAAAUCUCCCAACCAUCUUCUUCUCUUUCGUUGAUACAUUCGUCGAUUUCUCUGUCAGUGGAGGCCUCUUUUUACCUCCGCAACCAACAAUAACCUCGUCGCCAAACCAAACUAUAUUCCCUUCUCCUAAUCGUUUAAUUGCAAUAGGUGACUUACAUGGUGAUUUCCAAAAAACCAAACAAGCCUUCAAACUUGCUGGCUUAAUUGAUGACCAUGACAAAUGGUGUGGUGGGUCCACUACAGUUGUUCAAAUAGGUGAUGUACUUGACCGUGGUGGCCAAGAAUUAAAGAUUCUUUAUUUUCUUGAAAAACUGAAAAGGGAAGCUGCUAAGGUAAAUGGUAAUUUAAUUACUAUGAAUGGUAAUCAUGAGAUUAUGAAUGUUGAUGGUGAUUUUAGGUAUGUUACUAAAGAGGGUCUUCGAGAAUUUCAAGAUUGGGCUUUUUGGUAUUGUGUAGGCAAUGAUAUGAAAGAAUUAUGUGAUGGUUUUGAUAAAGGGUGUGUUAAAGAUCCAUUUUUGGGGAUACCCUUUGAGUUUCAUGGUGUAAAUCAGGAAUUUUUUGAUGGUAUUAGAACAAGAAUUGCAGCAUUAAGGCCAAAUGGGCCGAUUUCGGAGAGGUUUUUGGGAAAGAAUCAAACAGUUGUUGUUGUUGGUGAUUCUGUAUUUGUUCAUGGUGGACUUUUGACUAAGCAUGUGGAUUAUGGAUUGGAGAAUGUGAAUGAGGAAGUGAGGGAUUGGAUAUGUGGGGUGAGGGGAAGAGUUUCGAGGGAUUUGGUGAGGGGGAGGAAUUCUGUUGUUUGGUUGAGGAAGUUUUCGAAUGAGUUGGAAAAGGAUUGUGAUUGUUCUACUCUUGAACAUGUGCUUGCUACAAUUCCGGGAGUGAAAAGGAUGAUAAUGGGACAUACAAUUCAAGAAAGUGGAAUUAAUGGGGUUUGUGAUAACCAAGCCAUAAGGAUUGAUGUAGGAAUGUCAAAGGGAUGUACUAAUGGAUUGCCUGAGGUUUUAGAGAUUGAUAGGGAUAAAGGGUUGAGGAUUUUGACAUCGAAUCCGUUGUAUCGAGAUGUAAAGGAGAGUUGUUUGGAUGCUAAAUCUAGGGAUGGGCUUGGUUUGUUGCUCCCUGAAUUAGGACCAAAGCAAGUUGAGGUGAAGGCAUAACUGGAUGAUUGAACUCUUGAGGAUCUAAUAUGUUCUCUGGGAACUCAUGGGGACUUUAUUUCUUCUUUGUCGGUAUGAUUCUUCUAUCACUCAGUAUACAAUCAUUGUGGAGUGAUAAGAAAAGGUAUUGUUUUAAAUUGGUGUAAUGGUUCAGUCACUGCGAAUUAGAUAUUAGCUCAAUUGAAAAGUUUCUCUGCUCUACUUGAAUACUACUGAUUUUUCAAUUCUCUUUUUUGUUGUUUGUUCUGUGUUCUAGUAUUAUCUUCCUUUCAUUUCCUCUAGAUAUUGGCAUUUGCCAAUAGACCCCCCCCCCCCCCCCCCCAAAUGUGCUCCUACGAAGUCCUUCUAACCACUCAUAAGGCUUACGAUGCAUUGCUGUUAUUACAAUCCUUGAGGCCAAAGUUGCCAAACGAAUAUUUUCAUUCUGUAGCCUAAGGGCCGAGUCCAAAGACUGAUUACUGGCAGAAGCUUAGAUAUACAUACAGAGUACAUUGCUACAGAUUUGCUCAUAAAGGCAAGAUGUUUGGCGAUUCUGCUUAGCUGGUUAUUUUCUUUUUGUAUAUUUUCUGCAGCCAAAGAGCGAAGAUAUGUUAAUAAAGGCAGCUAAAGGUGGAACCUCUUAUUGAAGAGUUCUAAAGGAAACCUUUUCGCUAUGAUUUUGAGGACAAUUUUCCGUACUCAAUGGAAAAGUACUGCAGAUAAGAAGCCUUAAAGUAGUUUAAGAUCUUGUUUUUUUUUCCCAAUGUUUUUCUAUUUCUCUCAAGCCAAAUGGAUCAAGCAGUUAGAAAUGGAUCAAGAUAUGAUACAAAGAGGUUCCCUUUUUGACAGGCUUUAAACAAGUACAUCUAUACCUUCUCCCCUGAGAUUAGGGAAUUAGGGAAACUGAUAAAGUGUAGAAUGGAUCCUAGUAGUAUUCCAAACCACACUCCAUCUUGACUUUUAUUAAGUGUUGCUUUCUUGCCACAGGACUUGGAAGCUUUCUCCAUGAGGAGCUUCUUAAUACCAAUGAUCUUGCCAAAACCUGUCACUUCACCUUGCCAAACUUCUCCUAAGUAAUGUUGAUGAAUGUGUAAAUAUGCCACAGAGUCAAAGUAUCAAAUGUACAACUUGUUGCUUGAUUUAGCCGUAAGAGUAGUUGAUUAAUUAUUGAUUUAAGUAUGAUAGUAAAACUAAUGUUAUGUUCGAUUGAAUAAAGUUUUGAUAUAGGCUAAGGGUAUUAUCAAUAACAAAUCUUUUAUCCGAUUUGAACCAAAUACGUGUUUAGAACUAUAGAUUGCACGGUACAUAUAUUUAAAUAUGGUUCAAAGAACCAAACAUCAGAUAGUAAAAACGAUAAACCAUUGAUUAAUCAAUGUAUUGUUAUUUCUGCAUUAUGAUCCAAGUAUAACUUCAACCUGGAGAUCCCGUGUUCAGAAACCCAGCUACAACAUUUGGUAUGAGCUGAUCUGCUUUAGCAUUAGUACAAACAACUGUUUUGGCAACCUGUGCUUGUGAGCUGGAUAAGCUGCCCAGUAAAUUAGCCAAGAUGCUCAGAUGCUGACGUGGACACUAUCACUAUCCCAAAAAGAGUUACAAGUAUAAAGUAUAACUUGUCCGCAAAUCAAUUGACUCCUAAGAACAAAAAAUAUUGCUGGCCUUUUGCUGUGCAUGAUACAGAUGACUAAGGUAUGGUUUCCAGUCUAUCAGGGGCAUGAUUUAUGCUGAUGAUUGUGUGCCUAGUCAUUAGAUGCCAUUCGUAGCCUAGGCAUAUGUGGGCAUAGUGGGAACCUCGAUGUACAACUAAAUGUUAGUAAACAAUACUGAUGCUGUAAGAGUGUCGUUAUAUAACUAGUCCUGCUGAAAAUUAUUCCUUUCAUGACACUUAUCAGUUAUCAACGAUUAAUAAACCGCUUUCUUGUCAUUUAAAUUCCAGUCAGAUUUGGAUAUUGAACUGAAAAGUGGAUUGUUACGUUUAUCAUGUUUCUUCAUAUUGUCAUAAAGCUCUUCAUCAAGGUGGAGAUUGUUUUGUGGCAGCUAAAUGCUAUUUUAUGUGUGACAUGUUUCAAUGGUAUUUACAGAUUUAGAGAUGGAUAGAGAAACACCUUUGUGAAAUUGUUUGUUGGAAGAAAUCUCUUGGAUAUGUUUGUAUGAAAUAGUUGAUAAUGGUGAUGUAUUAAGCUAGAAUGUUAAAGCUGAUUACGAGUCUGCAGUCUAUUGGAAACAGUGUUAGUUCUUGCAUAGUAGUUGCUCGAAGAAGCAUAGAUACCUUUGGUGUUUUAACUUUUAAGUAGUCCUCUAUGGUCUUGAAAAAACUGUCUUAUGUUCACACUUCACAGAAACCAUUGCUUUUGUUGGGAAUCUAUUAAUAUUUUAUUUUUUCAAAUGAUUACUACUUUAUUUUUUUUAUGUCAAAGUUUAGGCAGAUUUCGGAAUUAUCCUCUACUGUCAAACAGAAAAAAGAAUUAUUUGGAGACGUUGGUUGGGUUGCAUUUGUCGUUGAACACUUUUGAUUGUAGUUAUUCAUCUGGAAAGCGAGCUUCCAUUAGAAAGUGACAGGAAUGGAUGUUUUUGUAGGAUGCUAGAUCAAGAUUCUUUUAGAGAUUCUAUCUUCGAUGAGUCACGAUGUUGUAAUAUUCCUCUCGUUAAGCUGUAUUUGUCCGUCUCCUCGAUCCCUGCAUCCUUCCCUCUGUUGGAAUUGGUUCAUUGUUGGAUAUCUUGAAGAUCUGAAGUAAAACUAAACUUCUUAUAUGCAUUCUCAAAAAGAAAAAAAAAAUAUUUUUAUCAUUCUCAAAAACUUAACUUCUUAGAUGUUCUGAUGCACUUGUUUGGAAGCUCUGGUGAUUUCAGGGGACUAGUAGAUCAAAUCACUACAGAGCUGCGCCAUCCUUCAAUCUAUGGCAUGGUAAAGAUGCCAUAAAUUGCAACGUCUUUUCUUGGCUGCAUGCAGCUGUUGAAUUGCUUUCAACUUUGUUGUAUGUUCUACAACCUCUAUCUCAAGCCAUUCAAUGUAUAUGCCAACUUUAGCCAGAGGAAUGUGAGUAUACAGAUUGGCAGCAAAUCGGGGUUAAUUGUAGCAUAAUAUUGGUGGCAAGAUGGGUGGCAAUUAAAUUUCAGAAGAAAUUGUGGAUACGCGUGAACUUCUCAGAAGACUGAGGCCUCACAAUUUACCAGUUAGAAUCAGAUAUAAGGAGGUGGUGGCAACAAAAGGAUGGCAAGAUUGUGUUGCAAAAUGUUAACCUAAGUCAGAAUGGCUCAACUCAAUAGCAUUGGAGGAUAAUUUGGAAAAACACUGCACCCCUUAAGUAGCUAGAUUGUGUUGGAUUACAGCACAUGAAGCUUUGUCUAACACGGUCAAAAUUGCAGGGAAUGGGGUAUGGUCCCGUGCUUCACGUGUAAAGGAAGUGAAGAAGAGGUCAAAUCAUAUGUUUGUACGCUGCCCGUCAGCAAGGAAGCUAUGGAGUAUGUUUCUCAGCUAAUAUAACUUUCACGUUGAUAUAAUGCCCAAGAAGAGUGAAAAAGCUGCUAUGGAGGAAUUGUCCCGGCAUGCAUCUUUGGGGUAAUUGACUAUAAAGGAAUUGAAGGUUUUUGAGGGGACAACAAGUUUUAUAUACAAACUCAGGUAUAUAUGUUAGUGUCCUUUGGCCUCUUGGCUUAAAAUGACAUGUAUAUGAAGUUAAGUCAUUGCUAUAGUUCCUGAGCUUUUUUUGGUGUCUGCUUCUUUCUUGACAACAGCUGCAGAAGCUGUUUCUGUGAAUGUUGUCCUGUUAAUACUCUGCAGUGCAAAGCUGAUGGUCUGAGGUUGAAUUUGUCUUUAAGUAAAA